AUGCCGCAAAAUGAGUAUAUUGAAAAGGCCAUUAAAAAACAUGGACGAAGAUUAGAUUAUGAAGAGCGCAAGCGAAAGAAGAAGGCUCGUGAAGCUCAUAGCUCUUCAGCUUUUGCGCAAAAAGUUCACGGUAUAAGAGCAAAAUUAUACAACAAAAAACGACAUGCAGAAAAAAUAGAAAUGAAAAAGAAGAUUAAACAACACCAGGAGAAAUCAGUUAAACAAAAAGAUGGACAAGGAGUACCUGAAGGAGCAUUACCAACAUAUUUAUUAGAUCGUGAAGGACAACAAAGGGCCAAGUUAUUAUCAAAUAUGGUAAAACAGAAACGCAAAGAAAAAGCUGGUAAAUGGGACGUACCAUUACCUAAAGUUAGAGGUAUCGCAGAAGAAGAAGUAUUUAAAGUUGUCAAAACUGGAAAAAAUAGAACUAAACAAUGGAAACGAAUGGUUACCAAAGCAACGUUUGUUGGAGAUGGAUUUACUCGUAAACCACCAAAAUAUGAAAGAUUUAUCAGGCCUAUGGCAUUACGUUAUAAAAAGGCUCAUGUUACACACCCGGAGUUGGGGGCUACUUUUCAUUUACCCAUCAUUAGUGUAAAGAAAAAUCCACAAAGUCCUCUUUACACUCAAUUAGGGGUACUUACUAAAGGUACCGUUAUUGAGAUCAAUGUUUCGGAAUUAGGACUUGUUACAACUUCUGGUAAAGUUGUUUGGGGUAAAUAUGCUCAGGUCACGAAUAAUCCUGAAAAUGAUGGAUGCGUUAACGCAGUUUUACUUGUUUAA